GCAAAAGCGCGACUGGAUGCCACCAACGACUGCCAGCUGAACCUACUGGCUGCCUUUAGGCUUGUCUUCUGGCACUGGAUGCAGCCUUCAGCUUAUGCUCUUCUGCUCUACGCGUGGAGCGAUGAUCCUUACUUCCGGUCGUCUGGAAGUAGCUUCCAGAUUGUGAUGGCUCUGGCAGUGCUCAUCCGUGAGGUCAUGUACUUUCUGUGCACCUCCCUUGCGUUGGUACAAUGCCCGGCCUUUCUCCUUGUUGAUGUGCCAGCUACGUGGCGCAGUGGUGCACGUGGUGAGGCUUUUGCAAGCGUGAUGAUGCCGGAGAAGUUUCUGGGCUGGUAUUUACAGGGUGCCGUGCCAUCGCAGGCAACUUCUAGGCGCUUCAACAGCUACUGUGGUACCGUUCUGGUGUUGGAUGGAUGCAGCUUCCUUGCUUUGUGGGCCGGUCUUGCAGGCUGGACAGCGCGCCCCCCGCUUCCCAUCAUGGUGUGCUACACCAUCACGGCCCUAAGCUUGUUGGCAAUUCCAAGCUGGGCUUUCGCAAUCAUUGUUGCUCGUGCAGCAGGUUUCUUGCCAGACAGUGGAGCAGGACGGCGCUCAAGCGAUGCGCUGGAUGUUCCUCUGGGGCGCAU